AUGUUCCGUGAGAGCAUCUUCGAGCCCCUCGGUAUGGACUCAUCGAAUACCACUACGCCACCUUUGUCCGAAUGGGAUCGCUCCGUGAUCCCUGGAGAUAUUGCAAACUUUGCGAUUGAUGCCGGCGUCUUUGUGUCAUCUGGUGCCGUCUCUUCCACAACGAACGACAUGGCCAAGUUCGGAAUCUCCAUACUGAAUUCGACACUACUCGCUGACGACGAAACGCGUCGAUGGCUGAAGCCAGUUACUCACACAGCACGCCUUCAAUACUCGGUGGGGCGGCCAUGGGAGAUCCACCGGUACACAAAUCCAUCGGGCGUUGUUACAGACCUAUAUACCAAGUCCGGUGACUCUGGUACAUAUAGUGCUUUCCUGGUUCUGCUGCCUGACUAUGGCGCCGGCUUCAGCAUUCUCUCGGCUAGCACCAUGACAGCGCGCUUCGACAUUCUUGCCGGUAUCGCGGACAUUGUCACUGAUAUCAUAGUACCAGCACUGGUUGCUGAAGCGGCCGUAGAAGCGGCGGAGCGGUUUGCUGGAACAUAUAGCUCGAGUGAGCGAGGCCUGAACACUUCACUGGUCCUGGCAGUCAAUCAGACUGAAAGCGGCGCGCCUGGUCUGGUCAUAUCUUCGUGGAUUAGCAACGGCACGGAUGUUCUCGCCACGCUGACUCCCAGCCCUGGUUUCCCGCCUUGGCGGCUGUUGCCAUCCAUCUCUGACGCAGCUCAUGGGAAAGUUGCGUUCCGGCUGGUCAGUGACUUUGAUGCCCCAAGCACACAGCCACCCGUCGGACCAGAACUGUUCUCCGGCCGUGGUUUCCUUCUUUCGGAUUGGGUGUAUGUCGAUUCAGCUACGUACGGCGGCAUUGGCACGGCGCUGUUCGUAUUUGACGUCGACUGCGCUGGGAAGGCGACCGCUGUGAGCCCCGCCGCGUUUCGGGUGACCCUGAAGAGGCGUGCUUAA